UUUGUUUACGUGCCUGCCGGUGAAUUUGUUUACUUCUUUGAAACGCGCACAAAAAUGAGCAGAAAAUCGACUAAUAAACGGCAGCCACUAAAUUUGGUAGAUUUUAGUUUUCUGGAUCACAAAGCGCAACUAAGUGCACAGCUGCACGUGAAGAGUCGCCAUCAGUUGAGUCUCGUCGAGAACGAAGCGGACUUCUGGCACUUUGUUAACAAAUAUGAAUCAAUGCUGCGCAAUAUUGGACAACCGGUGCUGCCGCCGCUGCUCAGCGAGCGGGAGCACUCCCAGCCGCAGCCAUAUCACAAAAGCAAACACUUGGCGCUGCAGCUGGACGAGAAGUCGCUGCGUCACGAGAACAGCAGCAACAGUAAAAAUGAGUUGCAGUCGCAGUUUCAACAGUUGGUGCUCAUCUACCUGGACUUUAAGCAGAAGGAGAAAUUCAAUCGCAUCAAGAAACUGCGGCAGGCACAACGUUCUCUGCCUAUAGCACGCUUCAAGCAGGAUUUACGCAGCUCCUUAGACGCAACGCGUGUCCUCAUUGUGGCAGGCGAUACAGGGUGUGGCAAGUCGACGCAGGUGCCACAGUUCCUCUAUGAGUUCGGCUAUCGCAGCAUUGCCUGCACCCAGCCACGUCGUCUGGCGUGCGUGUCGCUAUCGAAGCGUGUGGCCCACGAGCUGCUCGAUGAUUACGGCAGCAAGGUGGGAUUCCAGAUCCGCUUUGAGCGCAACAAGACACAGCGUACGCAUAUACUCUUUAUCACUGAGGGAUUACUGCUGCGCCAGUUGGCGUUGGCCUCCAAUUUGGAGCAGUACGAUGUGCUCAUACUGGACGAGAUUCAUGAGCGUAAUCUCUUUGGUGACUUUCUGCUGGGCGUGACCAAGUGUCUGCUGCGUGCCAAGCCCCAAAUGAAGCUAAUCCUCAUGUCGGCCACCAUCAAUGUGGAGCUCUUCCAUGGCUUCUUCAAGGAGGAAGGCGCACGUCUGCUCCAAGUGCCAGGUCGCUUGUUUCCCAUCAAAUUGCGUUACAUGCCGCCGCCAGCGUUGGAGCUGAAGGCGGGUCAAGCCACCGCUGGCUCCAAGCGAGCGCAGAGUGCGCGUCUCGAUCCGGCGCCAUUUAUUCAGGUGCUCAGCCUGAUAGAUCAACAGUAUCCCACUACGGAGCGUGGUGAUGUGCUCAUCUUUGUCAGCGGAGUCAACGAGAUUGACAGCAUCUGCGAAGCUGUGCGGGAAUAUGCAACUCAGCAGACGCAGUGGCUGGUGCUGCCGCUGCACAGCGGAUUGGCGCUGGCGGAGCAGGACAAGGUCUUUGACUAUGCACCCGAUGGCAUGCGCAAGUGCAUCGUGUCCACGAACAUUGCGGAAACAUCGCUGACCGUGGAUGGAGUGCGUUUUGUCAUCGACUCCGGCAAGGUGAAGGAGAUGAGCUACGAUACCAGCUGCAAGGGACAGCGUCUCAAGGAGUUCUGGGUCUCGAAGUCAUCGUCGGAACAGCGCAAAGGUCGCGCCGGACGCACUGGACCAGGCGUUUGCUUUCGUCUGUAUACACAGCAGCAGUUUGAUGCCUUCGAGGCGUAUCCCACGCCGGAGAUCUAUCGUGUGCCGCUGGACACGAUGCUGCUGCAGAUGGUGUCUAUGGGAUUGCCGGAUGUGCGCGCCUUUCCCUUCAUUGAGGCACCGGAAACGGAGCGCAUUGAGCAGACGAUACUUGGACUCAAACAACAUUGCGCACUUAGUGUGGAUGAGAAGAUCACACCUUUGGGCAGCUCGCUGGCCAAUCUGCCCGUGGAACUGUCCAUUGGCAAGAUGCUGCUCAUGGGCUGUGUCUUCCCGGAUGUGGAGCAGCUGCUCACGCUGGCCGCCAUGCUCAGCGUACAGAAUCCAUUGACGACACGCGCGCACACGGAUCAGCGUUGCGAGCGGGAACGUCAGCCGCUGGAAUCGGAUCAGGGUGAUCUCUUUACGCUGCUGCGCGCCUAUCGCGAAUGGCUGCAGCUGAAGAUGUCGCGGGAGAACACCAGAAAAUGGUGUCAUCGUCUGGGCAUCGAGGAGCAGCGUUUCUACGAGGUCUGCAAGCUGCGUCAACAGUUCCAGCGCAUCCUCGAGAGCUGCCGCAUGGCGGCACCAACUGCUGCCGGCUCCCUCAGCAGCUCCGAGCGUGCCCGUCGCCAUGGUGAGCUGCGUCAGCUCAAGGCGCUGAAGCGACGCCAACGCUACGAGCAACCGCGUCAGCGUAAGCUGCUCAAGCAUCAGCAUGGACUGCACGAUCAGCAGGAUGAUGACCUGGAUCAGGAUCCCGGCGAGGAUAUGCGCGAUGUGGACUUUCGUCUGCGUCACGAUGCCCGUCAGCUGGCGCUGCUGGAGCGCUCAGCGCGUCUGGAGCGGCAUCGGGAUGUGAUGCUGCUCAAGCUGCUGCUCGUCAGCGGCUUCUAUCCACAGCUGGCCAUCGCGGAUGAGUUCAACUACUGCAAAGGCGCCGGCCAGCAAUUCUUUCACACUCAGCUCAAGCCCUUCAUCUCCAUGCAUCCGAAUGCGCACUUCGCCAAGAGCUAUGAGCUCCUAAAGCUCGCCGAGAGUGAUCUGCAUGCCAAGCCCGAUUAUUAUACGCCCAAACAGCCGUUGAGUGAACGCCAUCAGCUGUUGUGCUAUCAAUCCCUGCUGGAGACUGCCAAGCCGUAUUUGAUGAACUGCAUCCGUUUGCCGGCGGCACAGACGCUGCUGCUCUUUGGCUAUGCCAUCGAUACCAAUCUGGGCGUCACGCGCGUCGUCUGCGAUGGCUGGCUGGGAUUGGACUUUCCGCAGCCGGGCAGUGGACUGCAGUUGCUCUCACGCGCCAUUGAGCUGCAGCGACGCUGGAGCAGACGCCUCUAUGACAAGCUCAAUGAGCUCAAUGGCAGUCAGUCUGCUAGUGUGACAGCUGCUGCUCCGGAGAGAAACGACACUUUGUGGCAUGAUCUGCUGGAUUUCAUGAGUCUGGACAUUGUUUAUAGCAUCAAGCGGCUGCUGCCCGCCGAUCUCAAGACUUUGUACACACGUUCUGCGCCGCCAGAGCGACUGCAGCUGUUGCAAACGAAUCCGUUUGCCGCCGACUUUCCGCUGAGCGUGAACAGCGAGAAGGGAGGACUCAAUGUAUCCGAGCAUGUGGUUUAUGGCUGCCUCGCCGAGCUGCCCUGGACACUGGCCAUGGAGGCAACACUGCAGCAGCAGCCCUGGCAUUGUGCUCACUGUGACUUUCAGCUGGAACAGUACGAUGUGCCCGACCAGCUGCUGCAUCGCUUGGAGUGCCAGGGAAGCCGAGAAAGUCGACGGCAUGCAACUCCGGAAACGAAGGAAACUGCAGCAAGCAGCAGCAGUUCCCGGGAUGCCAACUAUCACUGUGAGAGCUGUGGACGCUCCUUGAAGCUGUCGCAGAUCGAUAUACUGCGUCAUCGUCGGCAAUGUGUGGGCAACAAGUGAUUCCCCCAACUGAUGCCCUAAACAACUCCAAAGCAGCAUGCCCAAUAUAAAGGGACGACAGUGUAGAGCUAAGUCGAUACAGUCAAUGCGUUAGAGCAGUAUAGCUAGCUGAUUGAAAUUGCAGAGUAACUGCUCACUCUCAUCUAAUUGUUAUGCUCAAAAAAAUAAAAAAAAUAAUAAGCUAACAAAGGAAAUAAACUUUGCCAUUCUGUUCAUAGAUAUUAAUUAUAAUUAAUUAAUAUAUCCAAAAA